ACCCCUGGGGGCGCGCACCUGGCGAUAUCUGUGAUCGUUGUGUGUCCUACAGACACAGCUGAUCACGUGCACGUGAUCAGCUGUGUCCAAUGACAGAGCAGUGCCGGGCAUCCGGUGCCUAGCAGUGCCACCCAUCAGUGUCACCCAUCAGUGCUGCCCAGCAAUGCCACCCAUCAGUGCCCAGCAGUGCUGCCAGUCAGUGCCCAGCAGUGUCACCAGUCAGUGCUGUCAGUCUGCCACCCAUCAGUGCCGCCUAUCAGUGUCCAUCAGUGCUGCCUAUCAGUGCCCAUCAUUGUUGCAUAUCAGUGCCCGUCAGUGCUGCCUAUCAGUGCAGCCAUCAGUGCUGCCUAUCAUGCAGCUCAUCAGUGCCCGUGCUGCUGCCUAUCAUGCCCAU